ACUACAGGGAGAAAUAGGCUAUUAUUGCUUGAAUCCAGCCUCCAUAUCAAUAAAUAGGAGCAAGGAGACACUUCGGCACAUCACCUCGGCAUACUCAACCGUCAAGGUGACCAAGACCUUUAUGCAAAGAAUCUGUCUAAAUCCUUGUAGUCGUGGCAAUAGAAAUAUCUCUAAAUCUGAAACAAUACCAGCAAUGGAAGCCCAACCAAAGGGCAAGAAAAAUCGAGUCACCACGAACUCCAGCAUCUAUCACCAUCUCUAGCCAAGGCAUGGCCCAGCCUAUGGACCAAAACUAUAUUAUUUCGCCAACCUCUCCACUUCCUGUGGGAAAAAAUGCUGGAGACAAGCUUCAGGGACAUGGCUAGAAGUAGUGGGGGAAUGGUGAUCGGCUAUUCAAUGGCCAUACAACUGACCACCAUGGAACAUCCAGAGACUUCAGAUUGUUGCCUAAACUUCACCACUUGAGGAACUCCAACUGAAGAUUUGAGCAAUCAAACACGUUAGCUGAGAAGCUUUCUAUUGAAGGCUUGCGAUGAUUGGACGGUGGAUUUAAACCUAAUAUACUAUUCAUGAGAAGGUAAACAUUAAGGAUGAUGAAGCAUACAUCUGCAUUUUGUAUGAUGUCUAAAAUCUUAUAUAUUUUUUAUAAAUACAAUUUUAGAUAUUUUUUUCAUUGAAUGCCUCAUAGUUUAUAUUUAUUUAUUUUAAUAAAUAAGUUUAUAUGGGGAUAAAAAAUUAAGGAUGAUAAAAUGUUUAUAAUUCACUGUGGCUUUUAACUGCUUCUUUUCACCUCCCUUCGCUCUCAUUCUGUCCUGGAUUCCCGAUGGUUAAAGUUGUAGACAAACAAGAUUCAUCAACAAACACAAACAACAUGGAAGAUCAACCAACCAACAAGUCUUCUUUUCCCCACUACUUUAUUCCAAGAUUUCACACUGUUUAUCUCAAGAACUGAUCGCCAUUUUCUUUUCACAAUGCUACUUUCUUGUCUGUUUCUCUUCUGGGUCAACCUUUUUUCCCUCUUCAACUUCACUUUCCCUCUCCUCCCACCAAAUAAUAUCACCCUCUACGAUGGCGCUUUCUUUAGUACCGAUGGCAUUUGCCUCACUCAAGAAACCACCUGUCUCUCAUCUUCUUCUUCACCUUCCCACAUCGGACGAGCUCUUUACGCUUACCCCAUCCGUUUCAUUGAUCUCCGUACCAGAGACAACGCCUCCUUCACUUGUCGUUUCUCUUUCUCCAUCAUCCCAAACCCCGUUUGUCCUUUCGGGGACGGUAUCGUUUUCUUGGUCACUUCCCGACCCGAUUCUUUCAGCUUCUUCAAUGGCUACAUGGGACUGCCACAACUUGAUGACUUGAGCUCUCAAGAUCCUUACUUUGCUGUGGAGUUCGAUACCAGUUUCAACCCUUCACUUGGUGACAUCAAUGGUAAUCAUGUUGGUGUUGAUGUUAACUCCAUUGUUUCUUUGGCUGCAGUUGAUGUUUUGUCAAAAGGGUUUGAUCUUAAAAGAGGGAAAAAGAUAACAGCUUGGAUUGAGUAUGGGGAUUCAGCCAAGUUGGUUCAGAUAUGGCUUAGUUAUUCAUCAAGUAAGCCUCCAACUCCUCUUCUUGUUGCCCAGAUAGACCUUUCCAGGCAAUUCAAGGAAUAUAUGCAUGUUGGUUUCUCUGCUUCUAAUGGACUAGGUUCAUCAAUGCACCUUGUUGAUCAUUGGCAGUUCAAAACAUUCACCAUUUAUAACAAUCCAAUGGAUUCAGUUGAGCUUGGCUAUUGUUCCAUGUGCUUUCCAGAGGAUUCAUCUAACACUAGCUCUCAGAUUUAUGGUACUCAUAAAAGAGGUUUCAAGAUUGGGAACAUGGCACUUCUAUUCGGAUCCUUGGUUGUCUCGGUUGUCAUUAUAAUAGUAGUUCCGGUCCUUUGUUUCGUUGCAGUGAGGAAAGAGAGGAGUGGUGGCAGAAGAAGCAAAAGAGAACAAACUAGAGUUGAAAUGACUAAUGUUCCAACAAGAUGGUCACUUGCAGAGAUCAAAUUAGCUACAAUGGGGUUUCAUAGGAACAGAAUUGUUGGUGAAGGUGCUUCAGCAGUUGUUUAUAGAGGGUCUGUCCCUUCUGGUGGGGCUGUUGCAGUCAAGCGGUUCGAUCAGUCCAACCGAAAAGCGUUCACUCAUAAUCCGUUUACCACCGAGUUUGCCGCUAUGGCGGGUUGCUUAAAGCACAAGAACUUGGUUCAGCUCCAAGGGUGGUGCUGUGAGGGAUCUGAGUUAGUGUUGGUCUAUGAGUUUUUGGCCAAUGGAAGCCUUGACAGACUCCUCCAUAGAAACACAGAUUCAUCAACUUUCCUCUCAUGGAGCUUAAGAUUAAAGGUAGUUCUAGGCGUAGCUUCUGCUCUUACAUUCCUACAUGAAGAAUGUCAAAGGCAGAUUAUACAUAGAGAUGUAAAAAGCUGCAACAUAAUGCUUGAUGAUGAAUUCAAUGCCAAGCUUGGGGAUUUCGGUUUAGCUGAAGUUUAUGAACACAAUUGUGGUUCAAGAGAAGCUACAAUCCCAGCAGGAACUAUAGGAUAUCUCGCACCUGAGUAUGUUUAUUGUGGCAUUCCAACCGUGAAAACCGACGUUUACAGUUUUGGCGUGGUGGUGCUUGAGGUGGCCACUGGGAAGAGGCCUGUGGAUGAUGAUAAAACAGUGCUUGUUGACUGGGUUUGGGACCUAUGGGCGCAAAAGAAACUACUUGAGGCCGCUGAUUCAAGACUUUCAGGGAGGUUUAUUGUCUCAGAGAUGGAGAGGAUGCUUGUUGUCGGACUUUACUGUGUUCAUCCCAACCAUGAAAAACGACCCACAGUGAAAGAAGCUGCCAGGAUUCUCAGAGGUGAAGCACCACUUCCGGUUUUGCCAUCGACAAGACCAACAGUGAGGAUCAAAUCAAAUCUGUGCAAAGACAGUGAAGAUAUUUUGAACAUCGGUAGAGAUAACAGUCCUAAUGGCGAUGAUGCUGGGUGGUUGACGCCUAAGAGCCAUUUUAGCAAAGCUUAGCUUAGGGGAAAG